AUGGCUCAGACACAGAACCUCCCGCCCGUAUAUGGCGGCCACCCCGGAUAUCCCGCACCCCCUCAUCCUCAGUACGAUCACAAUCGACAAGUGCAGCUGCAAGCAAACGGCCAGGCGAUGCAGGCAGCGCCCGUGUCCCAAACUGCUAAGACGUUAUCAGUCGUCAGGGACGGCUUGAGAUUCUCGUUGGUCGUCGUGCAGCAGCCCGUCCGAGCGCGCAUGUGUGGCUUUGGUGACAAGGUGAGCAAUGGACCCCGUGGCACGGGAUGUGACCCAUCUGAGACAUUUGUANNGGACCGCAGACCCAUUACUCCUCCGCCAUGUGUGCGGCUUGUUGUUACCGACGAGCAGACGCACAAGGAGGUUCCCGCUGAGUAA